CUUGAACCACGUGUUUGGAAUGACAUCAUCCAUUUCUUGUUGGGGCAUGUUGUUUUACAAAAUGGCGUCUGCCGUAUCACACCUUUGUAUGCCUCCGCUAAGGUGUAUGGAUACUUUUCUGUGAACCAAUCAGAUUCUUUGAAAUAUGACCUCACCGUCUCUUAACCAAUCACCGUUGAGAUGAAAUAAAGAGUUCCUACCCGAUAUAAGGUUAUCCCGAGCAACGUUCCGCAUUUCUUUCCUGCCUGUCGCCCUGAGUGUACGUACCUGCUUUUGCUUCGACAAUCUUUCUUCACUGCUUCGAAUGGAUCAGGCACGAAACAACAAAGAAAUGGAAAACCUAUUUGAGAAUGAACCUAUGCCUUUGAACGAUAAAGUGUUGAGCCAUGAAGACCGCACCCAAGAUGUUCUCAAUGAAUCAGCUAGCUCUUGUGCCAAAAGAAAAGCAGAAGAAACAUCCCAUUUCGAGAAAAAACGCAAAGGACUCUUCACCGAAGACGCUAUUCCAGAGGAGCUCACUCACAUGGGAGACAAUGUCUUUGUGGGACCCAGCAUUUACAAGGGAAAAGUGACUGUGCACAUCCGAGAGUAUGCGAAAUAUGGUAAAGCUUACUAUCCGACAAGACGAGGAGUGAAAUUUUGA